AUGCUCCCUGCUCUGCUCAUCCUCAGCCUGGGGGUCUCUGCGCUGGGUCCAACAGGUGCUCACAGCAGUUGGGUCAUCGGGGGCAAGGCAGUGGUGCCACACUCGCGGCCCUUCAUCGCCUCCAUCCAGAUGGACGGGCAGCACUUCUGUGGGGGCUUCCUGGUGUGGCCCAGGUGGGUGAUGACAGCCGCCCACUGCCCCGUUCCCAGGCGCAACCCCUCCGUCCGCGUGGUGCUGGGAGCGCACAGCCUGGAGCAGCCCGAAGAGUCCAAGCAAGAGUUCGGCAUCGAGGAAUCCAUCGCGCAUCCCCUCUACGACCCUCGGACGGUGGACAACGACAUCCGACUGCUCAAGCUGAACCACAUGGCCACGCUGAACGCAUUCGUGAAGCGCAUCCGCCUGCCCCGGCCACACAUCGACCUGAAACCAGGCACCCUUUGCUCCGUGGUGGGUUGGGGGGACAUCUCCAACUACGGCGAGAGGCCCAUCCAGCUGAUGGAAGCCAACACCACCAUCAUCAAGAGGAGCCUGUGUCGGACUCUAUGGAAGGGCCGUGUCUCAGGCAACAUGCUGUGCGGGGCCAGCCGCAAUGCCACGCUGCAGGGCGUCUGUGCGGGUGAUUCUGGGGGACCCCUGGUCUUCAAAGGGAAGGUUUAUGGUGUCGUCUCGUUCUCCGGGGAGAGAUGUGGGGACCGCCGGUACCCCGACAUUUUCACCAGGAUCUCCAACUACAUCGACUGGGUGCAUCAAGUUGUGCUCAGCCAUCGCCAGCCCCACGGGCAGAAGAAGCACAAACCAGGCCCAGAGGAGGCGGGGGGGACCAAGGAGCAGCGGGGUGGGAAAGACCAGGCCUCCCACAUCCCUCUCCGGCUCCAAAGGCUUUGAUGUUCAAUGGGAACUGACACCAGGGCUCAUCACUCCUGCCUCAGUUUCCCUACGUGCUCCAAGGCAAUGCAGGAGGCUGAUGGUAGCGAGGAGCUCAGCAUCCCCCCGGCUGCACAGAG